AGAUUGUUGCGCACUUGAUCGUUGGUUCAGGAGGGGUCAGGCCAUAGAAGAGGCUUCGUCAUCUGUAUCUGUCAUCGACGGUCGUCACUAGUCAACUGUCGUGAUUUUUGACAGAAACGUGACAGCAACCGUCAUGGAUGUGGAUACUGCCAGUGAUAAUACUUCAAUUGAUGAUAAAACUGAAGACUUUUGUGAAAAUCCGACUCGAGAUGCAUUGACAGAGGGACUUAUGGGACUUUUGAAACCUACGGUUGAUCAGCUCGAUGAAAGAAUACGUGCUACGAGGAUAAGUCAAAUUGAACUUAAACAACAAAUUGAAUCGUUAACAGAAGAAUUAUUAAAAAUAUCUGAAGCUCUUCAGUGUCCGCUGGAGUUAGAUGUUUAUGUUAAAAAACUGAUCAAUACUAAACAUAAAGUGACUGUUGUUAGUAAUAUAUUGCAAACUACACAAGAACGACUUAACAAAGUUCAUCAGGCUGUUGAAAGAAACACAGCACGCCGAAGGGCUUUGUUAGAAACAGCACCUGCAAUAAGUACUCCUAUUGUCCCUGAAAGUAGUGGACAAAUGUUGGAAACUGAUAAGACCGGUACCACUGAGAUACAAGAGUGA